AUGGCACCCAAUUUGGUAUCCGUUGUACCUACGGGUACAAUAUUCGAAAAUGAAUUACCGACUGGGAAAAAGGAAAAAGUAGAAGAAGAGAUUGUCAAUGGAAAAUCAUCACACAAAGCCAUAGUUUGGCGUAAUGCUAUUUUAUUUGCUUAUCUUCACGUUGCAGCCGUCUACGGAUUGUAUUUGGCCAUAACUUCUGCUAAACUCUACACCAACUUAUGGGCAUAUGCUUUAUACGUUUCCGGAGGGUUGGGAAUAACCGCUGGUGCACACAGACUAUGGUCUCACAAAUCUUACAAAGCUAAAUUACCCCUUAAAAUAUUCCUGACGAUUUGCAACACGAUAGCAUUUCAAAAUUCGAUUUGGGAAUGGGCGAGAGAUCACAGAGUACAUCAUAAGUUCAGCGAAACGGAUGCUGAUCCACACAAUGCUAAAAAUGGAUUCUUUUUUUCACACGUCGGAUGGCUUCUUGUUAAAAAACAUCCGGAUGUGAGGAGGAAGGGAAAAGUGAUCGACAUGUCCGAUUUGGAUCAAGAUCCCGUCGUGGCAUUUCAAAAAAAAUAUUACUUGAUACUCAUGCCGAUCGGUUGUUUUUUGAUACCUACAUUUGUUCCGGUUUAUUUCUGGGGAGAAACAUGGUCGAACGCUUGGUUCGUAGCAACUUUGUUCCGUUAUUGUUUCACAUUGAACGCCACUUGGUUGGUGAAUAGUGCAGCUCAUUUUUUCGGUUCUAAACCAUACGAUAAGAACAUGAACCCGGCUGAAAAUCUCAUGGUUGCCGUGGGAGCUCUCGGAGAAGGUUGGCACAAUUACCAUCACGUUUUCCCCUGGGAUUACAAAGCGGCCGAAUUGGGAAACUACGGUUACAAUUUCACGACUUGUUUUAUCGACAUCAUGGCCAAAUUGGGUCAGGCUUACGAUUUGAAAACUGUUUCCCCUCACAUCGUGAUAGCGAGAGCCAAAAGAACCGGCGAUGGGUCUUACGUUCCACCGGAAAACGUUAAAAUAAUCAAAGAAGACGGUCAUUCGAUUGACGGUGACGUUUGGGGAUGGGGAGAUAAAGACAUGAAACCGGAAGAUAUAAAAGCGGCCACCAUUAUCAAUGAAGACAAGUCGGAAGAACGUUGUAAAACGAAUUAAUGUUAAUUACCUUAGUUAAAUUUAUUAAAAAAAAGGCAACAAAACCAAAGUUUGUCUUAGAUUAGAAUGAGAGAGAGAGAGAGAGAGCUUUUCUGUGAUAGAAAAUUAUAUUUUCGGCCAUAUUUGACAUAAUUAAAAGUUUAAAUUGUUUUUUUUUUUUUUUUACCUAGCUCGACGUUCUUUAAUUCUUGUUACAUUUGGUGUUGCACAGUUUCUUUUUUUU